GAUCCAACGAGAUCGGUUGUCCGCGCUCGGAUUGUGCUCCAUACCGAUUGGCUGCGUCUGUUACCAAUGGCCAUGUGAAGAUUUCUCAGUCGCGGAGCUGUUGGUCGUUCGAUUUGGUAUGCUCGUUCUCAACCCUUAAACUAUCCCGUCAACCACCCAAGGCCCUUCCACAACCCGGCGGGGCGCCAGGACCAUACGAAUAAUAAAUAAUAAUGGCUUCGAUACGGCUGUCACGGGCUGGGGCACAAGCCGCUCUACGCAUCUUUACCCCGAUCACGCAAACCCGAGCCGCGACGUCCAUAUCGCCAGCGGCAGCGUCAACGUCGAGUGCCCUCCAGGACGCUCUUGUCGCCGAAGCUCCCCGUAUCAAUUGGACGCGGGACGAAAUCAGACAGAUAUACGAAACACCCCUCCACCAGCUUACAUAUGCCGCUGGCACCGUCCACCGGCGAUUCCAUGACCCUUCGGCUAUCCAGCUAUGUACUCUGAUGAAUAUCAAAGUCGGCGGCUGCUCAGAAGACUGCUCGUACUGCUCGCAGUCCUCACGAUACAACACGGGCCUCCAGGCCUCGAAGAUGAGCUCUGUCGAGGCUACCCUAGAAGCCGCCCGCAUCGCCAAAGAAAACGGUAGCACCCGUUUCUGUAUGGGCGCCGCCUGGCGGGACAUGCGUGGUCGGAAGAACAGCCUGCGCAACAUCAAGAAAAUGAUCUCUGGCGUUCGAGCGAUGGACAUGGAGGUGUGUGUGACGCUCGGGAUGAUCGACGGCGAGCAGGCCAAGGAGUUGAAGGACGCGGGGCUGACCGCCUACAACCACAACGUCGACACCUCCCGCGAAUUCUACCCCUCCAUCAUCACCACCCGGACAUACGACGAGCGGCUCCAGACGCUGAGCCACGUGCGCGAUGCCGGCAUCAACGUUUGCUCUGGCGGGAUUCUGGGCCUGGGCGAGGACGAUUCUGACCGUGUGGGCCUGUUACAUACCGCCGCAACACUCCCUGCACAUCCAGAGUCGUUCCCCGUCAACGCUCUCGUGCCCAUCAAGGGAACUCCCCUCGGGCAUAGGAAACCCAUCGCGUUCGAUAAGUUGCUCCGCACCGUCGCGACGGCGAGGAUCGUCCUUCCCAAGACCACUGUCCGACUCUCCGCAGGUCGCAUAAACAUGACUGAAGAACAGCAGGUGGCCUGCUUCAUGGCUGGGGCUAAUUCAGUGUUUACGGGCGAGAAAAUGCUCACCACUGACUGCAAUGGAUGGGAGGAGGAUAAGCGGAUGCUGGAGAAAUGGGGUUUCUAUCCAAUGGCAGGGUUUCAACGAGGGGAGUUCAGGGGUGGUGCUACUGCUACUACUGCUACCACCACCACCACCACCUCUCCCACCACUUCCCCUCCUGUUCCUCCUGCUUAGGGUUAGGGGGAAAAAGUUUCGGGCAGAAUUACGUCGAAUAUCUGAUAUCAAUAGAAAUGUCGGAAAUGUCUAUUUGCAAGCAGAACGUGGUGUAUACCCAAAAAUUCAAAACUUUUCUUUUUUUUUUCCCCCCCAAGUUCUAUCGUUCUAUAAAAGUGCAGUGCGAACUGCUUUCUCUAUCCUUGCCAGCUGUUCUACGCCUGAAGUCAAAUCACACAUCAAGUAAAGGACAUUCCCCAACAC